UUUUACUUGGUCUCACCUCCCACUAAAAGACGCCGCCUCCCGGUUGACUUUGUUUUAUUUAAUAAAAUUGUUAGCCAAUCAACAAAACAAGAUGGGUCGGCGCUCUAUUAAUACCACAAAAAGUGGGAAAUACAUGAAUCCCACAGACCAAGCGCGCAAGGAGGCACGCAAAAAAGAGUUGAAAAAGAAUAAAAAACAGCGGCAAAUGGUACGAGCCGCGGUCCUUAAGAACAAAGAUCCAUCGCAGAUUCUCGAAGAGAUGGAGAAGAUCGAUGAGAUGGAGUACAAUGUGUUGCAGCCGUCGCCACUCAAUGAGAAGGUGUUGCGGGACAAGCGGAAGAAGCUAAAGGAGACCUUCGACCGUGUGAUGCGACUCUAUCACAAUGACGAGCCGGAGCACUGGGCAGAGCUGAAGCGCAAGGAGGUGGAGUACGAGAAGAAGCGCAUGAAAAAGCAGCAAUACUACGAGAGUGUCAAGCACGCCCAGAGUGUUCAAAUUGAUGAGAUUCCCUUGCCUGCUCCCGUCACACCGACCACUCCUGGGCCCACUCCCAGCGUGGCCCCUGUCGGCACAGGCUUUGGUGUGGGCGUUGGCAUGCGGGUUCCACCACCGCCUAUCGCCCUGGCCCUGCCCCCUUAUGCACCUGGCGCACCGCCGGGGGUGCCGAAAAACAGCGAUGCCAUUCCCGUUGAGGUCCAGGCAGACAAGCCCAGCGAAGAUGAAGAUAUGGAUUGGCUGGGCGUACCGCCGGGACCACCGCCGGAUCUGUUCGCCAUGUCCGAACUAGACUCGGACGCCGAGGGCAAUACCGACUACGACGGAGAAGUGGACGAGGUUGAUGAUGAGGACAAGGAGGAGGCGUCAGAGCCAAGCACUCAGAACAUUGACGACUUCAUGAAGGAAAUGGAACAUGUGCACAAACGCAAGCAUCGCAAGCUUGCCAAGGAGGAUGAUGGCGGCGACUCGCCCGACGAGGAAGACGAUGAACCGAAUGAGAUGUCUGUGCGCAGCCAAGAUAGUGACUCGGACAACAAAUCGAACCUCAGCAGCGAUAGCGAGGAUGAGCCCGAUGACGACGAGGACGAGGAUGAGGACAUGGCCGAGCUGCCGGCAAAGACGGAGCCAGCCAAACCCACAGUGCCUGCCAUAACGACGCCCGGUCCGCCUAAAGCUCCCACACUGCCACCCCUUCCGCUGCCGCCAUCGUCAUCGGUGCCGGCCCCACCACAGGUCCCCCAGCUGCCGCCAAUACACAACAUUGGGCCGCCAGCUAUAAUGUACCGUCCACCGCCCAUGCGCCCGCAAAACCCACAUUCUGGUCCCGGGGCUGGCUUUGGGAUGCGUAUGCCACCAGGUCCACCACCCGGAUCGCGGCCGCCUCAUGCUCUCGGGCCCAUGCCCCGCAUGGGCAUACGUAUGCCGCCAGGACCGCCGCCUGGUCUGCCACCCCGCAUGGCGCAUCACAACAAGCAAGGCGGACCACCGGCACCACCGCCGCUAAAGGAAUCGGCCAAGGGUGUGACCACCAUCACCGCCAAGCCACAGAUCCGAAAUCUAAGUGCGGAUGUAACGCGGUUUGUGCCCUCCACGUUGCGCGUGAAACGUGACGAUCAGCGUCGGGCGGCUCGCCCCAAACACACUGCUGGUGAUACCGGCCAUGCACCGUCGGAGUCUCACAGCAAGCCGCCCACCAAAGACGACGCCUACAUGCAGUUCAUGAACGAAAUGCAGGGUCUGCUGUAGCACUCCCCACACUUCCGGGAUGGCAGUGGGAGAGUCUCUUGGAUGCGGCUGUAAAUUGAAUAAUUUUAGUUUUAGAUAAAUUGAGUCAACCAAAGCAGCAACGGCGUUUUUGUUCUUC